GGCCUGCGGCGUUGCCAUGGAUCUGAGCGGCGCCCUGGUUACGGCAGGAGAGAAGGGCAGGAUGAGAGGAAGCUGCAAGGCCGUGCUAAUAUAAGCUUGGUAGGAUGUCCUCGUGCCUCUACGAAUGUCUGUGUGAAGCAGGACUGGAACAGUAUUACACUCACUUCACAGCAAUGGGUUUUCUGAAGUCGCAAGACCUGGUUAAGCUGACCGUGAAUGAGUAUUCUGUGCUGGGGAUACACAAUACGCAUGAUCAAAAACGUUUAUUCCAGCUCAUUCAAAUCAUAAAAGCUGUUCAAGAAGAGGAACACGGUGCAGGUGCAAGUACUGACUGUGCCCAGGCAGGCAUACUUAAUUUCUUUGUGGAGAAAGUUAAGCCUGGCCCUCGACGACAGUUGAACUUUGAAUCUUUGUCCAAUAAUAAAAGGGACAAUGUCAGUCAGGUAUCUGAUCCCAGUAGUUAUCCUCCAUUAAUAUCUUGCGUAAAUCAACUUCAAGAUACUGCAUCAGGAUUGUUGAAGCUUCCUUCACCAGUUGACCAACUACCUGCCAAAUUAUGUCUAAAAGAUAUGCACUCUCUUCCUGAGAGAGAACAUGGUCGCCCAACAAUAUUCUUACCAAACAGUACAAGGGUUUGUGACAGUAGUGAAAUCCAAAACACAAAAAUGAUUUUGCACGUUUCAGGAUAUAAUUAUGGACUACCACAUGCUGUCUCAAGGCCUGUGAACCCUGGGAAAGAACAAUCAUGGAUGGAGAUUGAAAAAAUCCGUGUAUGUGUUAGAAAGCGGCCUCUGGGAGUACGAGAAAUGCGACGUGGAGAAAUUGAUGUUGCAAAAGUGGAAGAAAAGAAAUCUGUCCUUGUUCAUGAAAAAAAGGAAGCGGUUGAUUUGAAGCAGUACCUCCAACAACAUGUUUUUUAUUUUGAUGAAGCAUUUGAGGAGACUUGUACCAAUUAUGACGUAUACUUGAAGACUGCUUACCCCCUCAUCCAGCAUGUUUUCAGCGGUGGAAUGGCAACUUGUUUUGCAUAUGGGCAGACAGGAGCUGGAAAAACUCAUACUAUGAUUGGAACUGACCAAAAUCCAGGGCUAUAUGCACUUGCUGCUGAGGACAUCUUCAUGCAGCUGCAGACAUCUGAGCAAGACAGAGCGUUUUUCAUCUGGAUAAGCUUCUAUGAGAUAUAUUGUGGUCAACUAUAUGACUUGCUCAAUGGGCGAAAAAGGCUUUUUGCCAGGGAAGAUGGCAACCAUACGGUGCAAAUUGUGGGACUGCGUGAAAUUCAAGUGGAUGGAGUACAGUCUUUGUUAGAGGUGAUUUCUAUGGGCAGUAAAGCACGGAGUACAGGCGCUUCUGGCAUAAAUACAGAUUCCUCACGUUCACACGCUAUUAUUCAAAUCCAGCUUAAGAACCCAACUGAUACAAUUGUUGGAAGCUUAAAGAGUGUAUUCGAGCUUUGGACCAGGAGCAUCCUCACACACCCUUCAGGCAAAGCAAGCUUACACUGGUUCCUGUCCAUGCAAUAUCUAAUUUUGAAGCCAGGAUCACCAUCAUGGAAGGAAUUGGAGAUCAUGGCAGAGAAGAACAUGCUGAAGAGGGUUGGCAUCAGCAUGCAGCCAUGUUUAGCUCCAUUAAUGACUGAGAAUGGGUCAGAGGACUUGCCAUCAUCCAGAACACGUGUAUUGAAAGACUCAUUUGUUGGAAAUUCUAAGACCUGUAUGAUUGCUAAUAUUUCACCUAGCCACGUAGCCACAGAACACACACUGAAUACUUUACGUUAUGCAGACAGGGUAAAGGAAUUAAAGCGAGGAACCAAAACACCCAGCACAAUUUAUACUAGAAGUCAAGGCGUUAGAAGUCCAUCUCCAAAACGUACCAAAGAAACACCUUGUAAAAAAUGGGGAGAAAAAUCAGUACAGAAAAAUAUGAAGCUGAGAAUUGAACAGUCCUAUUGUGAGACUAAAAAUACAAUGCAGCCUAUAUCAUCAUCGGUUUUUCAUCCACCUAAUGUUCUUCACUGUUCCACACCAAAAAUGUUGAAUAAAAAUGCCCUUUCCCAGACCAGCUCAAAGGACUUGUGGCUUAGUCACACAACACCCAUUAAGGGAAUGCUUAAGAAAGGUUCCUUAGAUGUCAAAAAGAAUGCAAAGGAUAAGGGUUCAACUGAUAAGAGCAGUAUUACUAAAGAGCGUUUUCUGAAUAACCCUAAACCUGGAACGUCCAAAAGAAUUCAGUGUGGACAACGGAAUAAUUCAAUUCCAGAAAAUGAAUGUAGUGUAUUGAGAAAUGUGAAAGUUCAAGCAGUUUAUCCCAUUCAAAAAGAAAUCAUUUCAAGAAACAGAUUUCACUUUACUGAUCAGGUACCAAAGAACUAUUCACCCAAUAAAGAAAAUAAUGCUGAAUGUUUUGAAAAUGAGUGUCACAAUAGUCCAGAGUCAUCAGUCAACAUACGCUUUCUGCAAAAGGAACGGGAAAGACAUUUGCGUCUUUAUCACCAGCAACUCCAACAACUUCAACAAUCGCCAUUGAUGCAAAAGAAGCUUGGUUAUCAACCCUUGAAGGAACUUCUCGGGCAACUCUAUCAACCUAAAAUUAGAAUGGAUGAUGAGGAAACUAAAUACAUUUCCUUACUGCAGUGUGCUGCCCAAAGGUCAGAUGAUCAGAAUGAAUGUAGUAGCAGUUGUGAUUCAUUUUCUGAUUACCAAUACAUGCUCAGUAGAGAAAAUCAGACUGAUGGUAAUCAAGAUAGGUUCUGUGAAGUAUCAAAAAGAGAAUUAAGUGGAAGGAGGAAUGUUCAAGAAUCCCUGUUUCCUCAAAAUCAACAUGUUAGCCCAAGGGCAGAAGACAGCAAUAAAAAUAGUUCACCAUGGAAUACAGGAGAAGACUGCAUAGUCACCCACUCGUCAGAAAGUAACUCCAAACAAACAGCAUAUUCACACAACAAUAUUGACUGUGGUCAAGAGAACUCAAAUCAUUUAUCAUCUGACUCCAAAAUCACUCCACAGAAUAAAAAGCAAGAAUGUCUUUCAACUUAUCACCAAGAUAACAAUGCUGCUGCUUCACAGCAUUCACAAAUGAGCAGUAAUUUGUCUCUUGCUGUAGAUUUAAAAACCACUAAAGCUGGAGAUACCACUUUGUUUCAAUCUAGCAGAAAUAUUGAUUCCCAUUUGAAUGCUCAGUCUCUGUUAAAAAGGAUAACAAAAGAUGAACAGACAUGUAAUAUCACAAACAAUGUAAUUACAUCCACCGAUUGCAUUUCUGAAGAUUUAUUGAUUGUUUCAGAUAGCCAUAAUUCCGUGGAGAGGCCACCUUCAAAAAUUCCAAUUCCUACUGAUGAAGCAAUGACAAUAUCAUGUAAUCAGUGCACUGCUGAGAUGGAGGAUUCACCAGCGUGUCUCUGUAACAAAGCUGAAAUUUCAUCACCACCAACUGUUUAUUUUGGAAACUGGGUGACUGUAUCACAUGACUUUCUUGAUAAAAACCAGAAGUUUUCACCAGCUCCAUUGCUUGACAAGAAACAGCCUUGUCGCGAUCUAACUUCUAUUUUGAAUGAUGGAAUUGAAGUGCAGAAGGCUGCACGAGAUGAAAAUGACCAGUGUUCAAGAACUAACUAUGCAGAGACUUCUUGUAAAGACCUCAACGUUUUAACAACCAAUUCACCAACUUUGUCAACAAAUAAAAGGAAAGGCUUUCAAAUCCCAUCAAAUCAAGAAGUGUCCCUUGGUGCCUCACCACGGGGCAGCCCACUCUCCAAUGACAGUAGCCAGACAAGUGAAUGUAACUAUUACAAACAAGGGGUUAAAUGCUUUAACAGUGAACUCUAUGAUGCUGACACUGAAGAAGCUGAAAUUAGUUCUUCCAUUUUACACUUGAAUUGUGAUGCAUCUUCUGAGGACAAAGCCAUGUCUUGUCAAUAUUGUUCAGAUGCUGAAGAACAGAGCACUAUGGCUUCAUACCGUAACCAAAUAAGUAUUCAGGAUGGCAUUUCCACCCCAACAAUUUCCAAUGAGAAAACAGAACAGAGUAAAAGCGCUGCUAUUGAGGAAUCACAGCAACAAACAAAAGAGUUGGAAGCUGAAAGCAGUACUGAAGAGAAUCUUAACAACUGUCAUAAUGAAUUUCAACUUCGGUGUAAGUCCGAUCGUAAGGAUUUGGUAGGCAUGUUUAAAGAAAAAUUACUUCAGAAUACUUCUGUUCAGUUUAGCCAUCUUUCUGCAGAGCAAGAUUCAAUUCCUACUAUCAAAGAGUCAAUUAACGAUAAUAAAACCAACAAUGGAGCAACUGGUCAAACUAUAAAAAGUCCUUGCACAGAUGGUAGCCAAUCUACAAGUUUAAAUCCCCAGGACCUGCAGGCAGUGGAAAACAUGCAGAAACUUGUUGUCCAAGCCCAUUGUGAGCAUCUAGAAGACAUUUUAGCUCUUUUUGAAAAAGAAGAAUAUCUGCUGAACAAACUAGCUACGUUGGACUUCAAAGAUUAUGUAACACAGCUGGAAGAGAUCCUGAUGCAAAAAUCUAAAUGCAUCCAGCGCAUGCAAGGCCAAAUCCAUAAGUAUCAAAUUCAUACUGGUACAGUGUGUGACAAUUCAAUCACCAAGUCGUCUGUAUCUUAGUUUUUCCACUAUACCAGUGCCUAUAUCCAUCCUUCUUUCUACAAUUUUGUAGUGAUUGUUCACAAUUAAAUGCAAGUUACAAAAAUAAAUCUUUACACAUCUUAACAAA